UUCCAGCCUCUGUGAUCACAGAAGCUCCUUUAUGGUGAAGGUCGGAGAUGGAGGGAGAACUGGAGAAUAGGAGGAGAAGAGAGAAAGUAAGAAGGAAAAUGAUAAUCUUCACAAUCUUUUUAUGUGGAGUCCUUGCUGUUCUUCUUUGGCUGAUGUUAAAGUUCCCUAAAAAAGUUGCAAUUAAAAAGGCCAAUAUGAAUUGCACAGAUGACAUGAGGAUAUGUCCACAGGACUGGGACCUAAUCAGAAUGAGCUGCUUCUUUGAAUCUAAACAGGAUGUUACUUGGAUCCAGGGACAGGAACACUGCAGAAAAUACCAUGCAACUCUGGCCAAGAUCGUCUCCCAGAUUGAAAUGGAUUCUAUUAAAAGCUUUCUGGAAAACUCUACCUAUUGGAUUGGACUGAGGAAACAUACUUCUGAUAAUGCCUGGAGAUGGAUGGAUGGAAGUCACUUCAACAAUUGGUCUCCCAUAAGUGGUUCAGGCACUUGUGCCUUCGUUAGUGCCAAUGGUUUAGACAUUAGCAGAUGCGAUGAGACAAGAAGAUAUUUGUGCAUCAGAAAAAGCUACUGUGCUUAGAAUUGUGCUACACUGAAAAUGGAGAAAAACUUCCAUUUUUUGUACAUUUUAAACUCACGUGGAUACAUU